GCAUAGUCGAUGGUUUUGUCAACAUGAGCAAGAAGUGCGGCUGUAUUUCCUAACCUCAUCUAACCUCUCGGUGGACGAAACUACGUUUGACGUGUUCUGGCAUUUGACAUAUGCUACCGUUGUCAGAAUGGUCCUACUGGAGAAUGACGCAUUCUUAGCGGAGCUAACCAAACUCUUUGACAAGUCGCGUCUUUCUGGUGCAGUGUCACUCACCAUCAAGAGAUUUAAUGGACAUAACAAACCAUUGCCUAGGAAAGGCAGGCCACCACUACCGACUCCUACGGAGUAUCUUUGUUUAGUUCGGGCAUCUUUUCGCAAUAAAAAGAUUGCCACUGUUAUUCAUUCCAAAGAUGUGAACAAAUUCCAACAGGCGUAUUGGAAUCUCUUAAAGACGAAUGUAAGUGGACUGAAAAAGCUGAAGAAGGCGAAAUCUGCAAAGGCGAAGGUUCACUGACCCAGCGAGAUCUAACUGCCUGGCAGUUGUUUAUUUCUUUAUUAUUAACUUUUUCAUACUGUCUUCGUCAUAUAUAUUUAUCGACACUUAUCUACCGUAUGAGAAAGGGAAGCGCAUUUUAUGCAACAUUUUGUAUAGACUGAUGUACAAAAGGUUAAUAAUACUGUUAUAAAAGUGCACAUACGCGCAAUCACAUUACAUGCGCACCUUCAUAAAUUUGUGCAAUGAUAAUAAAGCAAUAAGGAAUAAUUAUUCGAUUCGAAUUCAGAAAAGAGUGUCGAGAUGAAAUAUUUGGUAAUUGUUGCAUAUAAAAUUCAAAUCAAAUUCUCCAUUAA